UUUCCAAAUGACUUAAAAAGAAGGAAAAGUUGGAUCAACGCCAUGGCCCAUACGCAGAUUGGACGAGAACACGAUGAUAUCGUGGAGUCCAUCUCAAUCAGCUGUUGUUUGCAAGGCACGUUUUACUGAAAAAGACUACGUGCAGGAAACUACUCAUGGGCGCAAACCCACCAUACAGAGACUUAAGUCUACUGCAAUUCCCAGCCUAUUUUCCUGGACCAAGCAAGAGACUGAAUCGUCCGCAAAAAGAAAAAUCAGGGCAGUUUCCUGUGAAAACAAAAGAACUAAACUUGAUGAAUAUUGUAGUAGAAAUCUAGAGGAAAGUUUUGAUUGUAAAGUUGGUUUUCCUGAAGAAGUCAUUCAUACUGCAGAAAGGAUUUAUGACUGUCCACCACCAACUGCCGAGCUAAUGUUGAGGUUCACAGAUGGAAUUACGCAAACACCAUCAAUGCCUAUGUUUUCAGCAGAGAAUUUUGAAAUGAAGACACGUGACACAGCCAUGCAUUUUUAUACCGGUUUAGAGUUGUAUACUAAAUUUUUAUUUGUUUUGACCACACUUGGUCCAGCAGCACAUUGUUUGAGAUACAUAUAUUUCAAAUUGAUAGGGUGUCAGUUGAAAAUCAGUUUUUUUAUGACUUUGAUGAAAUUGAGGCAUCAUACAACCAACUUUGAACUGUCUAGAUUCUAGAUUGAAUCUAGUGUUAAGAAUAUUGUGUAUACAUGGAUUGUUUUUAUGUCUAAACAGUGGUGUGAGGCUAACACUUAGCCAUCUAGUGGUUUAGUCAGGUAUUUUUCACCAUCCAACUUCAAAUUAAAGUUUCCUACGACUUGGAUUAUUAUUGACAGCACAGAUUAUCCCGUGAUAAAACCUAAAGCUCCUAGAGCUCAGGCAACCUUUUCAUCAAAUAAAAACAGAAACACUGAAAAUUCUUGAAUGUUCGACACCUGGUGAUUUAGUCAACUAUGUCUCUAUGUCACAUAGAGCAAAUUAUUGGACUUGGCAAAACAUACAAAAUUCU